UGACAGCCUUGGUGUCCUUUCCUCUCUCCCAGGUGUCAGCUUGUCACUGGAGGUGGCAGCCAGCCUGGCAGCAUGCCCCGGGUGUCACCGCUGCCCCGGCUGCUGGGGGGCCGGCCCGCUCUGAAGGCAGUACCCAUUGCAGUGCUGCUGGCAACCACCCUCUGGAGCCUGAGGUGCUUCCUCAGUGCUCCCCAAGUCUCCAGAGAACCCCCUCAGCACACUGAGCCGCUGCUGGUCCUGGUUUGGGAAUGGCCCACAAAGCAGGUCCCCAAUGUCAGUGGGGAUGUCUGCCGCGAGCUGUAUGGCAUCACAGGCUGCUGGCUCACCAUGGAGCGCCAGCUCCUGCACUGGGCAGAUGUUGUGGUGUUCCCCCACACCAGGCUGCAGCCCAGCAGGGACAGCCUGCCCAAGGACAGGCCACCGUGGCAGAGCUGGGUAUGGGUGUCCCUGGAGUCCCCAUCCAACACUAAAGCUCUAGCGGGAUGGAACCAGACCUUCAACUGGGUGAUGACCUACAGACGGGACUCGGACAUCUUCAUCCCCUAUGGCAAACUUGUGCCCAACCGCUCGGCCAUUGUGAACAUCCCUGCAAAGACCAAUUUGGUGUCUUGGGUCAUCAGCAACUACCACAGGACUCAGAAAAGAGCUGAAGUCUACAAGACCCUCUCCAGGUACCUCCAUGUGAACAUAUACGGGAAAGCAAACAGAAAUCCACUCUGCAAGGACUGCCUCUUGCCAACGACAUCCAAGUCCAAGUUCUACCUUGCUUUCGAGAACUCCAUCCACCAAGACUACAUCACCGAGAAGCUCUGGAGGAACGCACUGAUGGCCGGCACCGUGCCCGUGGUGCUCGGUCCUCCCCGGGCCAACUACGAGCAGUUUGUCCCUGCAGACUCCUUCAUCCACGUGGAUGACUUCAGCUCCCUGGAAGAGCUGGCCACCUUCCUGAAGACCAUGAACGCCAGCCGCUACCGGCAGUUUUUUGCCUGGCAGAGGCGAUACAGUGUGAAGCUCUACACCGACUGGAGGGAGCGGAUCUGCACCAUCUGCAGCACCUACCCCAGCCUGCCCCGUGGCCGCAUCUAUCCUGACCUCGAGAGCUGGUUCAACACCUAGAGCUGGUGUGCUGGGACCAUUGGGGAAGA